UCCUACCUCGGUCCCCCGUCCGUCUGAUCUGACGGGCUAUGAACAGUGGCUGGCGAGCUCCGACCGCUUCUAGAUCCGCUCCGAGGGACACUGAUAACGCGUUGUCAGUCGAGGGUCGCUCAGUUCAGCAACAGUAGCAGCAGUAUAACGAUUAUUGCUGGCAAAGUAGAGCGGGGGUCGCGCACAUGCGAGUUCAGAUGAGCGAGUGAAGCGAAGUGCCGAAGAACAGGACGCAACACCUGGGACGUGAAGCAGCGUGCAGGUAGCAGGCCGUAGCUGCUGUGAUGGAGUCGAGUGGAUGAAUCUGACGGAGCUCAUCCCUCAAAGACGACUCGAGACCCAAGAGCCGCUCAGGAGUCUACCUCGGCGGUCCCGGGGUCUGGUGCAGCACUCAUAGAUGCGAGUCGGCGCCGGGCUGCCCUCACCCGUGGACUCACCCGUGGACUCACCCGUGGACUCACCCGUGGACUCACCCGUGGACUCACCCGUGGACUCACCCGUGGACUCACCCGUGGACUCACCCGUGGACUCACCCGUGGACUCCGCCGCCCGCAAGCAGCAUGGAAUAUCGCAGGAAGCACAAGCAGGAAGACGUCGUUCUCAUGGCCUACAGGCGCAAGAACGAUGGCGAGAGCAGCUCCCUCAGCCACUGGGACGCGACGCACAGGAGUGACGCUCACAAUUCCGCUGAGCGUGCCUCCGUCCGCCGGCUCUCCGUUGCUCCGGGUCGCGUGUCGCAGUCCCCCAAUGAGGGGGCCUCCUUAUCCGGACUCCGUCGGACCCCGACCCUCAACCUCCCCUUCCGGGCCCCCCCGGCCCCCCCGAUCUCCCAUUUGGCCACCAAUGGCUACUCCGCCUCGCCGCACGCGGCCACCACGAACCGCUCCUCCUUCUCCUCUUCAGAGAAAGCCGACUCCAACGGGGACCCUACCCCGGAUUCCGGAGUCUCGUCCCCGCGAGGACUCCACGACGCCGACUACAACGACGACAUCAUCGACCUGUGCAUCGCGUCCCCCGAGUCGGCUCCCAGAUCAUUGAGGGCUCCCGGGGAAAACCCCAACGAGCCGGACCGGCCACCCUCUGUUGCGGAGGACGAGGAGAAGGGCGACUUGGACAGCCAGGAGAACGGGACGAUGAUGAUGACGACGAUGAUGAAGAUGUCGUCGUUGAAGAUGAUGCGGAAGAACGGAGGAGGAGCCGGCUCAUCGCUGGACCUGAGCGCCAGCGUCGGCAGCGGCAGCGACGGCGGGAGGAGGAGGCCGUCGCCCAGCCUCAGCCUGAGCCAGAGCAGCGAAACGUCGGGCCUCGAGUCGUGGGCCUCACAGGAGUCGCUCGACGACUCGCAGGAGGACCUCUUCCAGCGCGAGGUGAACAAGAUCCGGCGCGGCAGCGAGGAUUUCACGUUGGUGGAGAUCAAGACGCCGGAUGAGAACGAGCAGGAGGCCGACUGGCUGAAGGAGACCGGAUUCCUGACCCAGGGGGAGCGGCCGCGGGGGUCGAGCCGCAAGGACCGGACCGGAGCGGGCGGCGGCGGUGGCGACGGCGACGGCACCGCCGAGGACGAGCUGGGGCCGGUGGAAUCGGACGAGGACGAGGAGUCGCACCCCGAGGAGCUGAUGUCCACCCUGAGCGUGGCGCAGAGGAUCACCGUGCAGAAGCGCAUGAACAACUUCACGCAGUCGACCCGGGCGCCCGACAAGAAGGGCCCGCGGGACGUGCGGGACGUGUUCCUGAGCGCCGUCGAGGCGAUGACCUCUGAUCCCCAGGAGAGGAACCCCCUCACGAUGCCCGAGCUGGCCAUUGUGAGCCCGUCGGGGAUGCUGAGCGCUUUCAAGCCGCGCGCGUCGCACUACAGCGUCAAGGACGCGGAAGAGCGCCAGGCCGGCUCGGAGCGGCCUCCGCCGCCCGAGAGGCGUGAACCCCGCAGGGCCCCCGACCUCGGCCUCUUCCGCACGGACAUCGCCUACUCGGAGCAGGGGAAUGCCCCCCAUGACGGCCCCCCCCCAGAACUCACCCCGGACACCAGGCUGCCCGAGUUCUGCCUGAGCCAGGACUGGCUGGGCGCCACGCGCCCGGACGCGCUCUCCCCGCGCGACCUCACGCGCAUGCGGCGCGUGGCGCUCAUCGAGCUUACGGCGCUGUUCGACAGCCUCAGCCUGCAGCUCAAGCGGUGCAGGGCGGCCAAGGCCAAGCACGGAGACCAAGCCGUGUUCGGGGUGCCCCUCAGCGAGCUCCUGGAGCAGGACCGGAGGAGAGAGGAAGGAAUCUGCGUGCCGCGAAUCCUGGAACAGCUGAUCCAGCACCUGGAGAAGCAGGGACUCGACCAGGACGGGAUCCUGCGUGUGUCGGGCAACGCGGCGAGGGUGAAGGCUGCGCGCAAGCAGUUGGACAAUCCGCUGACGCGGGACUCGUUCGCGUGGGGGCAGCUGAGCUCUGCGGAUGCAGCGGCGCUGCUGAAGAUGUUCGUGCGGGAGCUGCCGACCCCACUGCUCACCGUGGAGUACAUGAUCGCCUUCGCUACCGUCACCAAAAUCAACUCGACGAGACAGAGAAUUCAAGCGCUCAACCUGCUCGUGCUGCUGCUGCCCGACGCCAACAGGGACACGCUGGAGGCGCUGCUGCUGCUGCUGGGCAAGGUGGUGUCGCAGGAGCAGCAGAACCGCAUGGGGCUGGGCAACGUCGCCAAGAUCGUGGCCCCCAACCUCUUCAUGCCCAAGGGGCUGCGCGGCGUGAGCCGGGAGUGGGCUCAAAUGCAGGCGCACGCCGACACGGCGGACGUGGUGGCUUUCCUCGUGCACUACCGCCACAUCAUCUGGACGGUCCCCGCGUUCCUGCUGCGCCAGGUGAGGGAGCAGAACGAGCUGAGGCAGCGGCACCGUCAGAAGGAGCGCGGGGCCAACGCGGGGGGGGGGCUCAGGUUCCUGAGACGCAUCCAGGGGGGGCGAGAGGGUGCAGCACCACGGACCGAUCCUGCACAGCCGAGCGGCGUGAUCUCGGUGAGAGGCGACGAGUGGCUCCGCGUGCCCGACCUGCCCGUGGACCUGGUCCGCGGCACCACGGCGGGCGACGUCCUCGCCUGCUUCGAGCAGCACGUCCUGCGCCACAGGGGAGAGCUGCGCUUCAAGAGCUCGUUCCUCGACGAGUGCUGCCUCUGCGAGACGAAGGGAAACAUCGACGAGCGGAUUCUGGACAACGGGGCGCGCAUGAUGGAGCUGUGCGCCGUGAACAGGAACGCGGAAUGGGUCGUCAAGCACCGACUGAAGCGGGUCUCAGCCUAGCGCGGCUCAGAUCGGACCGGGUCGGACUGGAGCCCAACCUCUGCUUAUACCGAGAAUUGGGCUGGCAGUGCAGUGACAUCCAUUGUCACCCUGCGCUUCUCUGCUCCCCAACCCGAACUGACCAACGUGUUGACAUCUGGUCAGACAACCCCCACGAGCUGCAACGCGUGGGGAGGCCGUCACCCAGCAGUGACAAAGAGCCGCGUGUGUGCGGCAUAGAGACUACACUUCUCGACGGAGCCUCGCGGACAGCUAGCGAGCAGCUAUGAAGGUCGGGGUGACACGGGGCGGAGUGGUGCCACCAACACUUCAGGCCGAGCCGAUCUGGAUGAAGGCCAGCACAGGUUCAGAUCACGUGUUCAGAUCACGUGUUCUCACUGAUGUCGCCAGGAAUCGAACUCAGGUGACGGGGUUCAGAGCGCAGUGCGCUGCCCAAAGUGUAUCCACACACCACGUGUACAAAGACACGCACAAAGAUCCCUCGUAUAGCCUUGAUAGACUGUAGGGGCAAGUGCUGUUAGCGAGCACCUAUGAAGGCCGGAACGGUACACGAGGGGGUGGGUGGCCAACACCACGUCCGACCGCCUUUGUCUUUCCAGUAGCGAUGUUUACACACCGCACCAGGUACUCAUUUGAGGCCCAGGACCGGUUCAGAUAAUCGUCACUGGUGUUGGCCGUGAGCGGGAAUCGAACCCGGGUCGUUGGGGGGGUUCAUAGCGCAGCGCGCUAACCGCUACACUAUCACACGCACAGACACACGCACAGACACAUGCACAGACACAUGCACAGACACAUGCACAGACACACACAGACACACACACACAGACACACACACACAGACACACAAAGACUUCCUGUGUAGCCUGCACAGGCUGUUGGAGAAAUGCUGUUUGCGAGCACCUAUGGAGGCUGGUGUGGGCAGCUCCUUGCCUGGCCGCCUUUGUCUCCACAGCGAAGUGGACCUAUGGGAGGGACCCAGGACUGGUUCGGAUCAGUCGCCACUGACGUUAGCCCUGACUCGGGUUUCCGAGUUUGUAGCGCAGUGCGCUAAUCACUGCUCCACCACGCCCCAAAUAUACAGCCACACAUACACACAAAUAUUCACGGACACACAUACACUCAAUGCAAUGAUAUUAAGAGCUAUGAUACAAUGCGAAUAUAUUAGUAUGUUAUAAUUUUAAAAAAAAAUAUAUAAAUAACCUACAUUUACAUAGUAUAUAUCGUAUAUCUGGAAUAUAACGGAAGUAUAUAUGUGCAGUGCAUACAUAUUAAGACCACGUGUCCCUCUCCACGUGGCCUGCGUGCAAUGGGUAUGACCACCGCAUCUGUGACUCGCUCUGUGGUGGGGCAGAGCGUGGGUCCUCGCCAACCUCCACGCGUCACUGCCGCCAGCACUUCGUGUGCGGCGCGUCUGGGACGCGGCGAGCUGGUGACACCGUGACCCUGAUGCCUGCCCUGACCAUGACUCCUCGACCUCGCGAACCCCACGCAUUACCUCGCCCCACCAGCCCAGCAGUCGUAAGCUUUUAUGAAGUCACGUUAUUGUCAUUGUCACCAUCAUCGACAGUGGCAUCAUUAAGGAAUAAUCAUCCGCAGCAGCAGCAUAAUCACGAGCAAAAUCAUCAUCGGUGAUUAUAAUCUGACGCCUUUAUCUGGCUCGACCAGCUGAAUGUGAAAUUGUAGUUGAAGCUCUGCAUCUUCAUCAGCCAUACGAAAGAAGAAGUGAUCAUAAUCAGUAGCAGCAGCAUCAUCAACAGCAGUCGCAUCAACAAUGUGUGUACAUAUGUUGAACGUAGCCAAGCGUGCUCAUCGGAGGUGCAAAUCAUUGUGCACGGGAGCAUCAUGGACUUGGCAGGACCCUCCUGGCUUGAGUCUCGAGACUCCUGGCGAACCACGUGAUCAUCGUCAUCAUCUCCACCAGGCUCGUUUGCCAUGGAUUCGCUAUGGUCUCACCCCCCCCCCACCAUGCACCCCCACUUUCUCCACCGUCCACGCCCCGACUUCUUCCUCCCCCCACCCAUGAAGAGAGAGGAGAGAUUUCCGCACUUUAGCUUCAGACCGUUCUAGAGAUGAUGAUCGUGAUGAUGAUGUGUAGAAUGAAGUCUCGUCAUCUCCGCGGCUUCGGCUUCGUCACUGUGAGCCGGGCCCUAACCCUGACCCCAGCCCAAAGGCCGGCCGGGUCAGGCAUGGCCAGGGCUGCGUGUCCCUGCGUAGUCACGCUAGCAGUGGAGAGGCGCCCUGAUGUCCCAAGCUCCUGGUCUCUCCAGGUCUCCGAUCCCUCCCCGGUACCCGUGGUGGUUGUUCUCAGAGCCCCCUGCUCUCUCGACUUCUCCCCCGAUCUCUCCGAUUCCCUUUGUUUCCCCUUAUUGUCUGCUGAUCCCCUUCCUCAGCUCCUGAUCGCCCUGGCUCCCCUCUGAUCCACCUCGUUACCCCUGCUCGCUCUCUCUACUCCUCUUCCCUCUCUCUACUCCUAUUCCCUGACCCUCUCCCUGUGAGCUCCCCUGAUCUUCUGAUUUGCCGCAUUCUCAAGAUUACAGACACGAUCGCCCGACUUUUGCUCUAACAUAGAGUGCGUCCGUCUCCUAAUCGAGAGAAUACGGUAGCCCAUCACGACCCCCAGCAGCUCAGUGCUCGUCUUACAGUGUUGGUGACGCGUCGUGUGAACAUAUCGCUGUCUAUUCCGUAUUAACGAUCACACGCGUCGUCUCGGUGAAUGUUAUUAUAUUUUGUAACGCGGAGAGGUCGUGGUUUUGGACAAUAAAAGCCAAGAACGUG